CCGCUUCUUAAACCAAUAGAAAGCAGCGCAACGAAGAGGCGAUCGCGUCCGGGAAAGCGAGGCGAGGCGAGGCGAGAUGAACCCUUCUCCUCCUCCUCCACGCGAUCCCGAUCUCCUCGAAGAGGCGUUGGGGCUCGGCCGCGGUGGCUCCCCCCCGUGGCGCCUCGCCUUCGUCGAGGACUGCGUCGAGACGAGCGGCGCCUUCGUCCUCCACCACUUCUUGAAGCGCGCUCUCUCCACCGAAGGCGAUGGGACCGUUGUCUUCCUCGGUCUCGCGCAGCCUUUCUCACAUUACGACCGUGUCCUUCGGAAGAUGGGAUGCAAUCUAUCAGUACAAAGGAACAAGAAUAAACUUCAUUUUAUUGACUUGCUUAAUUUAGAGUUUCUAGGCGAGCGGAGGCUUUCAAAUGAAAAGGGUGAAAAUGACAUAGAAAUUGGAUUUAUGGAUUUGUAUAAUAGAAUUUUAAGGUCUAUAGAAGCUAUUAGGUCAAAGGAUUACAAUGGAGGCUGGACGACUAUUAUAAUUGACGAUCUCUCUCAUUUGGAAAUAGCUGCUCAUGGCUCUGCCAAACACGUGUUGGACUUUCUACAGUACUGCAGAAGCCUUACCUCUGAAAUGGACUGCUCUCUAGUGAUUCUGAAUCAUGAAGAUAUUCACUCAAGUGAUGAAGCUCUGCAGAUGCUUUCACAUCUUGACUACAUCUCUGACAUUCUGAUAAAAGCAGAAACUUUAUCUACUGGUAUAGCUGCUGAUGUCCAUGGACAGAUGACUGUCAUAAUCAAGGAUGCCCCAGGAGGGUUGAUCAAGAAACUUCAUAGUUUCCAAUUCAAAGUGAAGGAGAAUGGUGUCGAGUUCUUCUAUCCCGGGAGUCGAUUCUAAGCAUGUUUGCAAUAAGUUCCUACUAAAGUAUUUGGACUGCAGUGGUACAUCAAGAAUGGAACAAAUGUAUCCAACAUGAGGGGGGCCCAAGCAAGCUUCACAAUGGCAUCAUCAAUCAAAAGUUUGUCCACUUUUGAGAGGAGUAUUUCUGGUACCAUCAGAUGCAAAGCCUUUUCAGAGGUUGUCUGAAAGUAAUUUCUGAUGUACCGCAAGCAAAAAUAGCCACAUAGCUUAACAGGUUUACCCAAAUCAAUAAUCUAGACACACUAUAAGCAGCUACACAAAUGCUCUACAAGACAGACCUUUGCAUUCAGAAUAAAAUUUUAGCCCCCUAACAAAUAUAUGAAAUUAAUGACUGGUUCAAAAUUGACAGGUAUUCUUGUGUUUCCUUCUGACAUACAUAAUUACAUAUUCUAUGCAACUACAUACAUUAUUGAGAUAUAUAUAUAUAUACAAAAUAUGUUUCUAGAAUUCAUUGGCAAGAGCCUCGUUCACUAGGUUCACCCAUUCUUUCAUAUUCCAUGUGACUAGAUCUAGAUGCAUGUGCAUGAACCAAAAUCCAAGAAAGAAAUAAGAGAACCUGAUACAUUUUGAACACUAUGUCUCUGACAGUUUUAAGCAGUAUCCAACUAUACAGCAAGGUAACUACAAUCUGGAAAGAAGAGAAU